GGCCGAGCCGGGCGGCGGCGCCGCAGUGACUCGCUGGGCCCGGCAGAGGCGGCGGCUUCCGAGCUUUCAGAGAAGCGGACCGGGUGGCCAACUGGACCCUGCUGCCUCCAGCGACCUUUGUGCAGAGCCCCUCACUCCUCGGGCCGCUGCGGUGGUCGGCACACCCGGGAAGGGCGGCCACCGCGGACAGGUUAGCGUGGGGGAAGGGGCGAGCGCCAGAGUAGCCCAUCUCCAGCCCGGGUGUCCGAGCCGGCCCAUCUCCCACCAUGUCGGACGAGACGUCGGCCACCACUUCUUAUGAGAAGUUUCUAACCCCAGAGGAACCCUUCCCGCUCCUAGGAGCUCCUCGUGGGGUGGGCACCUGCCCCAGCGAGGAACCGGGCUGCUUGGACAUCAGCGACUUCGGCUGCCAGCUCUCCUCCUGCCAUCGCACGGAUCCGCUCCAUCGGUUUCACACCAACAGGUGGAACCUCACUUCUUGUGGAACAAGCGUUGCAAGCUCAGAAUGUAGCGAGGAGCUGUUUUCAUCAGUUUCUGUUGGAGAUCAAGAUGAUUGCUAUUCCCUGUUAGAUGAUCAAGACUUCACUUCUUUUGACCUAUUCCCCGAGGGAAGUGUCUGCAGCGAUGUCUCCUCCUCUAUCAGCACUUACUGGGAUUGGUCAGAUAGCGAAUUUGAGUGGCAGUUACCAGGCAGUGACAUUGCCAGUGGAAGUGAUGUACUUUCUGACGUCAUACCCAGUAUUCCAAGUUCACCAUGCCUGCUUCCUAAAAAGAAAAACAAGCACCGGAAUCUAGAUGAACUUGCUUGGAGUGCAAUGACAAAUGAUGAGCAGGUGGAAUAUAUCGAGUAUCUGAGCCGUAAAGUCAGUACCGAGAUGGGCCUUCGGGAGCAACUUGAUAUUAUUAAAAUCAUUGAUCCUUCUGCACAGAUCUCUCCUACUGACAGUGAGUUCAUUAUUGAACUUAACUGUCUCACAGAUGAAAAACUGAAGCAGGUCAGAAACUAUAUCAAAGAGCAUAGCCCUCGUCAGCGGCCGACAAGGGAGGCCUGGAAGAGAAGCAACUUUAGCUGUGCAAGCACCAGUGGAGUGAGCGGUGCCAGUGCCAGCAGCAGCAGUGCCAGCAUGGUCAGUUCUGCAAGCAGCAGUGGGUCCAGCGUUGGAAACUCUGCUUCAAACUCCAGUGCCAACAUGAGUCGAGCACACAGUGACAGCAACCUGUCUGCCAGCGCAGCAGAGCGGAUUCGGGAUUCAAAAAAGCGAUCCAAGCAGCGGAAGUUACAGCAGAAGGCCUUCCGUAAGAGGCAGCUGAAGGAGCAAAGGCAGGCCCGGAAGGAGAGGCUCAGUGGGCUCUUCCUUAAUGAAGAGGUGCUGUCAUUGAAAGUGACUGAGGAAGACCAUGAAGCAGAUGUUGAUGUUUUAAUGUAAUAGGCUGGAUUUAUCAACAUUCUUUCUAAGCAUUCUUCUGUCCUCAUUGGUUUACAUGCAUCUUGACCAAAAGUUUGGUUAGGGUUGUGCUGAUGUACCAUUCAUAAUUUAGGCCAGUGGUUCUCAGAGGACAGUCCCAGUACCUGCAGCUUCAGCAUCACCUGAAAAGUUGUUAGAAUUGCAUUUGAGCCCCAUUGCAGACUCACAGGCAGUAUGGAUUUGGGGCAGCACUGUGUUUUAACCAAUGCCAGAUUAUUUUCAUGCAUAUUCAGAUUUAAGAACCACUGAUAAAUGUCUUAACUAUUUUAACUAUGAUGAUUAAGUGGGCUUUUCAAAGACUAGUACAUAUACAAUUGGGAGGAUUUCAAAGUACUGAUAGCAAGUAGUUUAUUUUGUCACAG